GACCUUUUUUUCCCCCUCCAAGUAAAUCCACCUGCUCUCCAUCUUUGUUGCAUUAGAGAGACUUUCCCAAGCGGGUUUUUCCUACCAGAGCCGACAUGGAGCAUCUAGAGAGAAGACUGCCUGCAGCUUUCCUCCUCCUCCUCCUGCAUCUUCUGUCUGUCAGCUGUGUUCACAAUCCAAAAACUACAGUCUCCUGGUGUGUACUGUCUGACGCUGAAGAGCAGAAGUGUCUGGAUUUGGCCGGGAACGCCUCAGCUCGGAAUAUAAGAGGAACAUUGCAAUGUGUCCGAGGCCUGAACACCAGAGACUGUAUGGACAAAAUCAAGAAUGGGACAGCAGAUGCAGCCUCCAUGUCUGCAGAUGACAUCUACGCUGCGGGUCUCUGCCAUGGCCUGGAGCUGUCGGCAGGGGAGUCCUACAACAGAGUGGAUGGUAUCAGCUACUACGUGGUGGCUAUGGCGCGUCGCUCCUCCUCAGAUCUGUCCCUGCUGGAGAUGCAUGAACGCAGCUCUUGUCACCCUGGUAUGCGCACCACGGUGGGAUGGACUGUUCCCAUUGGCUACCUGGUGAACACCUCCCAGAUCAGUGUAGGGGAGCAGUGCAACUUCCCCAAAGCUGUGGGGAACUUCUUCGGUUACAGCUGUGUGCCCGGUGUGAAGGACCACCAGCACGACCCCAAGGGCAACAACCCCAAGAACCUGUGCGAGGCGUGCAUAGGCGACGACAACGACAGACACAUUUGUGCCAGCAACCACAGAGAGAGGCACUUCGGGGAGGCCGGGGCGCUGAGGUGUGUGGCAGAGAACCUCGGGGAUGUGGCGUUUGUCAAACACACAACACUGUUUGACAACAUGGACGGUAAGAACCAGGAGUCCUGGGCCCUGGAUUUGGAGCUGGAGGACCUGAAGCUGCUGUGUCCUGAUGGAACCGAGGCCGGUCUGGAUGAGUUUGAGCGAUGCCACCUGGCAGCCGUACCCGCCAACGCUGUGGUGGUCCGCGUGGAGGACAAGUGUCGUGUCUGGAAGUUCCUGGAGCGUCUACAGAAUGUGUUUGGCAACGCCACCGAGGGCUUCAGCCUGUUCAGCUCAGCCGGCUAUGGCGAAUCCAAUCUGCUCUUUAGCGAUUCCACACACCACCUGCAGAGGGUUCUGGGUAGCUACACCUCUUGGCUUGGCCCCACUUACACCACCAUGCUGCGAGCCUUCGAGUGUGAGGGCUUCUGCUGAUGGAACAGGAGGAAGACAUCCAGCACCUCAACUUCCACUGAAUCCCUCUGCCUCCGUCCUCCCGUUCUGCCUUCUCCUCCCUGCCAUCUGUCUCUCUCUCUCUCUCUCUCUCUCUUUUUUUAAAUCUAUUUUUUCUGCUGUACUUUGGUGUUUGUCUGUUUAUUCACCACCCGUUCUCUGAUAUAACAGCCUCGUCCUCCCCUGACCCAGUACUUCCUGUGUAGCACCGGCAAGGGGUAGGACAUCGCUAAGAGGGGUUAAACGACUGAGAGCAGCUUCAGAAAAUGUCCUGAAAUUAAGCUUUUAAAGGACACUUUGAACAAAGAGUAGGGAACAAUGAAGAACAUGGGCUGAAGUAAGAAAAAUAGAAAAGAAGUGCAAGUUAAUAGUUCUUAUGUUAUUUACACAUUGUGUCGCUUUUUGAAGCAUUUUAAAAUCUCUUUCAAUAUAUACGUGCAUGAAAGAAGUGUUCCUACUCUCUGUGUCUGUUGGAAAACUGUGCCCUUCUUAUUCCCUUAAUCUAAGCUUCACCCCCCACCUUACCACCCCCCCACCCCCACAUAUACAGGGCCUGUCUCUGGCACUGAACAACUCGGUGCUAUUAACUUUGAGCUUAGAAGUCUCAGUUACUGUAAGUGUGUUUGUGAGUAUACACUUUUUUUCCCCCCCACAGCCAUUAAUGCUGUAAUUGGCAGUCGGGCAUGUUAGACUGUUUUGUGUGUGGGAGUGAGAGAGAAGUUGUGUGUGCACCUCGGAUGUGCCUAUGUGUUAGUGUGUCUGUAGUGUUGCUGCUUUCCCAUGGCUUGUAUAGCUUACAACACUUUGGAUCACUGCUUUCUCACGGCUGGUAUGGUGGACCAGACCGUGCCAGCCCAGUAUAGUGUUACACUAUAAAGUUAGGAGGAACUGGAUUAGAGCUCAGGUUGCCUACGGUGACCUCAGAGUGACUCUUUUUAAAAAAACAAACUUUUUUGAAUCAACCAAAACUUUCAAAAUGAACUCUUCAUAACCUUCUUUGUCCGUCUUGCCUUGACUUGUGAAGAAUUAUGUCGACUCCUGUUGUGUUUUUCCACGUCCUCUCAAUAAUACUCAAAGAUUGCUGUCAACAGCGAGUCAUUAAAGCUCAUGUGAGAAGUUUUUGGACGGUUAUGAAACUAACUGAAAUGAAUACUGAUGCCUCUUUAUGACCUUCAAAAGCAAACAAGACCAUCAGGAAGAAGAUUAAUCCUCUCUAUAGUUAUUUGCAAUGUCUGAAACUACUGCCACAGGGUAGCCGUCAGACAAAGCGGUUAACAGCACGCUGCAAAAACUGCCUUUUUAGGGGUUUUUUUUACAUUUUCCUCCGGCAAGGCUCCCGAUGAGUGAUACAUUUGAUUGUUAAAAGAAAGCAGGAUGAGAUUCUUUGUUAGAAACCAACCCCC